AUGGGGGACUCUCUUGAACUGAUUGGGAAGCGACUUCUACUGCUCCUCAACGAUGGCAGGUCCGCAGCCGGACCCGAAGAGGAGCAGUCCACCUGGACUCGUGACUGGCUCCGGGGGACCGUCCGGGCGGUCAGCGUCAUAGGUUUGGCCAGCCCAGGGGUAGAGGUGAGCGGAGGAGAGGCGACAACAACAGCAACUGCGGGGCUGACGGUCAGUGUUUACAUGUGAAUAAAGACAGCUGGCGUUAACUAACAAGCUAAUAACCUGACUACGUAUUUAACGAAACUGAUUUCAGCAGAAAAAUAAAAAUAUUUCACCUGUUGUCUGUGCUUUGCUGGCAUUAUCUAGCCAACGCAUUUUAGCUACCAAAAGGUAGUCAAUGGGGGCCGCUGUGUUUCGCUUGCCCUGAUAGCAGCUGCCCCCAUACUCUAUCCCGAGGAUUUUGGGCCUUUGACAGAUUUUGUUGUCAUCUAGUUAGCUAGCUAACCAAUUUUAACAUAGUAUCCAGAAUUAAAAUCAUGUGCCAUAGCCUCAUUAAAAUGUUAAUGUCAGUCUAAAAGGUUUGCAUGCCUCAAAUAACCAAAUGUAGGCUAGAUAUUGUUUGGUGAUAUGUAGCUAGGCCGAACAGUAGUUUAGCCGGUGUAAUUUGUUGAUGCAUGCAUUAUCUUGCACCAUUUGAUGACAAGGCAGGCCUGCACCAAAGCAAUUGCCAAAUCCAAAUUUUAGAAAGGGACCGGUGUUGGUUGGAGUAGUUAAUCCAGAUUAUGCGAUUUUCAAGGAAGUCUCCAGGACCAUUCUUGGAAAAGGCUUUUCAAUAGGUGCAGAUGGUUGCCACAGAAACCUCAGUGCUCUCCACUCAGCCCCAGCUCUUGUUCUUGUUUCUGUUAGGUGUCUGUCUAUGGGGUGGGCUGGUUGAUGUUACUGGCUGUAAAUGUGUUUGUUUUUGCGUUUGCAUGGACUAGCCUACGUUUGCGUUGAUCAUCAUAAUAAACACAAUGUAUUCUCUGCAGCUUCUCAGGUCUUGGUAGGAGGGCACUCUUUAAAUCACAGCAGUUGUUUCUCCUCUCUCACAUAACCACACCGUUAAAAUCCACAAUGCUGUACUGUUUGGCUUUGUAUGCAGAGUGAGUCAGCAAGUUUCACAUUUAAAAUGGGCUUUUGCUUACAACUAUAUCUUGCCCCUUGAGUAAAUCAUUAACCCAUAUAAAUGCAAUCCAUUGUUACAUUGUAAUCGUUAUCAAUAAUGUUGCUCUAGGCUACUUAUUGAGAUGAGGGGUUAAUGAGAAGGGGAGACUGGUUUGGAAUUGACAAGCCUAUUUCUAAUGAUUGACUUGUCUUCCUGAUAGAGAUGGCCUUGCUUAGACUUGGAGGAGUAGAUGGGCUGUGUUUGUGAGCCAGUGCUGCCCGGGCUCUGCUGACUGUGUGAUCCUACCAAGGCCUGUCCUGCUGACUCUGUCUGUCUGUAGCCUGUAUGUUGCGUCUUUUUUCCCAUCAACCAAAUAUUGUGUGUUUGUCUCACCUCUGCUCUUUUGAAAAUGGCCUCUGAACAUGUCACCUAGCCUAAGUUAAUAUAGCUAGUCUUACAGAAACGGCACCACUCUCCCACCAUCUUUCCCCUCCAUUUUCUUCCCCAUCCUGUAGGUGUUUGUGGAGUUUGAGGACUGUGCGUGGCGCAGGCGCUCCUGGGUACAGGUGUAUGGGGAGGAGGUGAGAGCUGUACUGGUAGAGAGUGCCAUUGUCUGGGCUAACUGCAGUGAGCCCAACCAGAACCACCCUGCAGCUGGAGGAGCCUCUGGGCCAGCCCUGGUGAGUAGCCACCUCUCUGGGUUAGGGUUGACCUAAUCUCUCCUGGAAAGAUUCUGCGUGUAAACUGAGAGAAUCAGUCAGGACUGAAUAGGAUGUGUAGGGUAAGAGGAACAGUAGUUAUGGUGUUUCAUCUCUGGUUAUUUGGACAAAUCACAAUUUUGCAGGUGUUAGCAUAUUUCGGAAGGGGAGGGGACAUUCGGCCCGUAAACUUGCAAAGAGAGACGUGAGUUCCUCGUUCUCUUAACAUGUUUGGACCCAGAACUUAAUCGACCAGCUGACCCAUUACGUGAGUCUUUAUUUCUGGGUUAACUGAGAAUUAGGGUUUACCAUAUCCUGUUUGGACUACAAUAUGAUGAGCUAAGCAACUGAUCUGACCCUGGACCAGUUACCAUUAGCAUGAUCUGGGGUGUAUUCACUAGAGAGGACCAUAGCAAAAAUAAAUCGCUACGAAAACAAUUGUUUUCAGGUAGUCCCUCCCUGUUUCGUUCUCUUUGGUUCCUUGUGAAUGCCCCUGGUGGGGGAGGGUAUUGGGUCAUGGUUAGUUCAGAGGGUGUAUGUGAUAUGUAUGCUCUCCCCUCUCUCACUUACCUGGCUGGCUCCCUGAGGCACACCUGCACCUUGAAGUGAGGCCAGACCAGCUGGUGGAAAUGCAGUCGUCCUAGCAGGGGAUGUCUUUAGGUCCUGUUAGAUUUACAUAAGAGGGAGAACACACACACAGCAACCUGCUGCUCUUUUCUAUAGAACAGUUCAACAUGGGCCCUCUUAUGGUUUGCCAGAUGAUAAGAUCAUUAGACAUAUCAGACUCUCAUUCUCCAGCCACUCCACCAUUUAAAUCAGAUGGGAAUGUUAUAUAAUAUCUCAGCCUUCAAAUUUAGUGGAUCUUGUCCUAGCGAUGUUCCUCUUCCCCUGCUAGGCGUUCCGGUGUCUAGUGGACCGUGUGGGUCUGGGUUCCCUGGUCCCAGUGGAGUUCUUUGGGAGCAGAACCCUGGACUUCCUCCCUGAUGGGAAUUCACUCCAGAGAUUUGAGGUGGGCUUACAUUGCUCAAAGUCCUGUGUGUCAACUUUCAUCUGACGUGUGUAUUAUACUAGGGAGGCAGGUAGCUUAGUGGGUAAGAGCGUUGUGCCAGUAACCGAAAGGUCGCUGGUUCUAAUCCCCGAGCCCACUAGGUGAAAAAUCUGUCGAUGUGCCCUUGAGCAAGGCACUUAACCCUAAUUGCUCCUGUAAGUCGCUCUGGAUAAGAGCGUCUGCUAAAUGACCUAUUAUUAUUUAUUAUUUUAUUAUUAUACUGGAGUGUGUUAUCACUGUGUGACAUGGUCUCUCCCUCUGUAGGCAGAGAAAGACGUGAGGCACUCUCUCUUGCUGGAGCAGCCUUCUCUGCAGGCUGCAGUGUCCAGCUGGCACAGUGACUUUGAGCUCCAGGAGAUCCUCAGGAAGGGUGAGUCUAUUAGACUAUCUAUGGAAUGACUUGAAACCUAUUGUACAAUGACCUGUGUACGGUGCACGUUGACUUUCCUCCUUCCUUUCAUUGCUCACCCAUGUUCUCCUACAUUGCACUCCUCAAUACUGACCUUUGCUAGUCUCUACUCCUCAAUACUGGCCUUUGCUAGUCUCUACUUCUCAAUACUGGCCUUUGCUAGUCUUUACUCCUCAAUACUGGACUUUGCUAGUCUCUACUCCUCAAUACUGACCUUUGCUAGUCUUUACUCCUCAAUACUGACCUUUGCUAGUCUUUACUCCUCAAUACUGACCUUUGCUAGUCUUUACUCCUCAAUACUGGACUUUGCUAGUCUCUACUCCUCAAUACUGACCUUUGCUAGUCUUUACUCCUCAAUACUGACCUUUGCUAGUCUUUACUCCUCAAUACUGGACUUUGCUAGUCUCUACUCCACAAUACUGGACUUUGCUAGUCUCUACUUCUCAAUACUGGACUUUGCUAGUCUCUACUCCUCAAUACUGACCUUUGCUAGUCUCUACUCUUUAAUACUGGUCUUUGCUAGUCUUUACUCCUCAAUACUGGCAUUUGCUAGCCUCUACUCCUCAAUACUGGCCUUUGCUAGCCUCUACUCCUCAACACUGGCCUUUGCUAGUCUCUACUCCUCAAUACUGGCCUUUGCUAGUCUCUACUCCUCAAUACUGGCCUUUGCUAGUCUCUACUCCUCAAUACUGGCCUUUGCUAGUCUCUACUCCUCAAUACUGGCCUUUGCUAGUCUCUACUCCUCAAUACUGGACUUUGCUAGUCUCUACUCCACAAUACUGGACUUUGCUAGUCUCUACUUCUCAAUACUGGCAUUUGCUAGCCUCUACUCCUCAAUACUGGCCUUUGCUAGUCCUCUACUCCUCAACACUGGCCUUUGCUAGUCUCUACUCCUCAAUACUGGCCUUUGCUAGUCUCUACUCCUCAAUACUGGCCUUUGCUAGUCUCUACUCCUCAAUACUGGCCUUUGCUAGUCUCUACUCCUCAAUACUGGCCUUUGCUAGUCUCUACUCCUCAAUACUGGCCUUUGCUAGUCUCUACUCCUCAAUACUGGCCUUUGCUAGUCUCUACUCCUCAAUACUGGACUUUGCUAGUCUCUACUUCUCAAUACUGGACUUUGCUAGCCUCUACCUCUCAAUACUGGCCUUUGCUAGCCUCUACUUCUCAAUACUGGCAUUUGCUAGCCUCUACUCCUCAAUACUGGCCUUUGCUAGUCUUUACUCCUCAACACUGUCCUUUGCUAUUCUUUACUCCUCAAUACUGGCAUUUGCUAGCCUCUACUCCUCAAUACUGGCCUUUGCUAGUCUUUACUCCUCAACACUGUCCUUUGCUAUUCUUUACUCCUCAAUACUGGCCUUUGCUAGUCUCUACUCCUCAAUACUGGUCUUUGCUAGCCUCUACUCCUCAAUACUGGUCUUUGCUAGCCUCUACUCCUCAAUACUGGUCUUUGCUAGUCUCUACUCCUCAAUACUGGUCUUUGCUAGUCUCUACUCCUCAAUACUGGACUUUGCUAGUCUCUACUCCUCAAUACUGGCCUUUGCUAUUCUUUACUCCUCAAUACUGGACUUUGCUAGUCUUUACUCCUCAAUACUGGACUUUGCUAGUCUUUACUCCUCAAUACUGGACUUUGCUAGUCUUUACUCCUCAAUACUGGACUUUGCUAGUCUUUACUCCUCAAUACUGGACUUUGCUAGUCUUUACUCCUCAAUACUGGACUUUGCUAGUCUUUACUCCUCAAUACUGGACUUUGCUAGUCUUUACUCCUCAAUACUGGACUUUGCUAGUCUUUACUCCUCAAUACUGGACUUUGCUAGUCUUUACUCCUCAAUACUGGACUUUGCUAGUCUUUACUCCUCAAUACUGGACUUUGCUAGUCUUUACUCCUCAAUACUGGACUUUGCUAGUCUUUACUCCUCAAUACUGGCCUUUGCUAGUCUCUACUCCUCAAUACUGGCCUUUGCUAGUCUCUACUCCUCAAUACUGGCCUUUGCUAGUCUCUACUCCUCAAUACUGGCCUUUGCUAGUCUCUACUCCUCAAUACUGGCCUUUGCUAGUCUCUACUCCUCAAUACUGGCCUUUGCUAGUCUUUACUCCUCAAUACUGGCCUUUGCUAGUCUCUACUCCUCAAUACUGGCCAUUGCUAUUCUUUACUCCUCAAUACUGGCCUUUGCUAGUCUUUACUCCUCAAUACUGGCCUUUGCUAGUCUCUACUCCUCAAUACUGGCCUUUGCUAGUCUCUACUCCUCAAUAUUGUCCUCUCUUCCCACUUUUCACUCCCACCAUAAUAUCCUUCUGGCACACUAGUCUAGGUGUAGGAGUCUUUAACCCUUGUCCUGCUGGUGUGUCUCCAGGCUCCUACACCGUCCAGGGCCGGAAGGUUCAGGUAUACCAGUGUGAGUUUGAGGAGCACUGGGCCCUGGGCCUGGUCUCUCGGCACGACCCCAACUCACACAUCAUGGAGAUUACCAUGGACCAGGUACACACACACACUGCCUGGAUGUGCUUUUACUAUUACCUCUCUGGAUGUGUUGUUAAUGUCCCAGAUGUGUUGAUGGUUUUUAGCUACGUGUUGUUAAUGUCCCAGAUGUGUUGAUGGUGUUAGCUACGUGUUGUUAAUGUCCCAGAUGUGUUGAUGGUGUUAGCUAUGUGUUGUUAAUGUCCCAGAUGUGUUGAUGGUUGUUAGCUACGUUUUGUUAAUGUCCCAGAUGUGUUGAUGGUGUUAGCUACGUGUUGUUAAUGUCCCAGAUGUGUUGAUGGUAUUAGCUACGUGUUGUUAAUGUCCCAGAUGUGUUGAUGGUGUUAGCUACAUGUUAUUAAUGUGCCAGAUGUGUUGAUGGUUGUUAGCUACGUGUUGUUAAUGUCCCAGAUGUGUUGAUGGUGUUAGCUACGUGUUGUUAAUGUCCCAGAUGUGUUGAUGGUUGUUAGCUACGUGUUGUUAAUGUGCCAGAUGUGUUGAUGGUUGUUAGCUCGUGUUGUUAAUGUCCCAGAUGUGUUGAUGGUUGUUAGCUACGUGUUGUUAAUGUGCCAGAUGUGUUGAUGGUUGUUAGCUACGUGUUGUUAAUGUGCCAGAUGUGUUGAUGGUUGUUAGCUACGUGUUGUUAAUGUGCCAGAUGUGUUGAUGGUUGUUAGCUACGUGUUGUUAAUGUGCCAGAUGUGUUGAUGGUUGUUAGCUACGUGUUGUUAAUGUGCCAGAUGUGUUGAUGGUGUUAGCUACGUGUUGUUAAUGUCCCAGAUGUGUUGAUGGUUGUUAGCUACGUGUUGUUAAUGUGCCAGAUGUGUUGAUGGUUGUUAGCUACGUGUUGUUAAUGUCCCAGAUGUGUUGAUGGUUGUUAGCUACGUGUUGUUAAUGUGCCAGAUGUGUUGAUGGUGUUAGCUACGUGUUGUUAAUGUGCCAGAUGUGUUGAUGGUUGUUAGCUAUGUGUUGUUAAUGUGCCAGAUGUGUUGAUGGUGUUAGCUACGUGUUGUUAAUGUCCCAGAUGUGUUGAUGGUUGUUAGCUACGUGUUGUUAAUGUGCCAGAUGUGUUGAUGGUGUUAGCUACGUGUUGUUAAUGUGCCAGAUGUGUUGAUGGUUGUUAGCUAUGUGUUGUUAAUGUGCCAGAUGUGUUGAUGGUGUUAGCUACGUGUUGUUAAUGUCCCAGAUGUGUUGAUGGUUGUUAGCUACGUGUUGUUAAUGUCCCAGAUGUGUUGAUGGUUGUUAGCUACGUGUUGUUAAUGUCCCAGAUGUGUUGAUGGUUGUUAGCUACGUGUUGUUAAUGUCCCAGAUGUGUUGAUGGUGUUAGCUACGUGUUGUUAAUGUGCCAGAUGUGUUGAUGGUUGUUAGCUACGUGUUGUUAAUGUCCCAGAUGUGUUGAUGGUUGUUAGCUACGUGUUGUUAAUGUGCCAGAUGUGUUGAUGGUUGUUAGCUACGUGUUGUUAAUGUCCCAGAUGUGUUGAUGGUUGUUAGCUACGUGUUGUUAAUGUGCCAGAUGUGUUGAUGGUUGUUAGCUACGUGUUGUUAAUGUGCCAGAUGUGUUGAUGGUUGUUAGCUAUGUGUUGUUAAUGUCCCAGAUGUGUUGAUGGUUGUUAGCUACGUGUUGUUAAUGUGCCAGAUGUGUUGAUGGUGUUAGCUACGUGUUGUUAAUGUCCAGAUGUGUUGAUGGUGUUAGCUACGUGUUGUUAAUGUGCCAGAUGUGUUGAUGGUGUUAGCUACGUGUUGUUAAUGUGCCAGAUGUGUUGGUGUUAGCUACGUGUUGUUAAUGUCCCAGAUGUGUUGAUGGUGUUAGCUACGUGUUGUUAAUGUCCAGAUGUGUUGAUGGUGUUAGCUACGUGUUGUUAAUGUCCAGAUGUGUUGAUGGCGUUAGCUUCGUGUUGUUAAUGUCCAGAUGUGUUGAUGGUGUUAGCUACGUGUUGUUAAUGUCCAGAUGUGUUGAUGGUGUUAGCUUCGUGUUGUUAAUGUCCAGAUGUGUUGAUGGUGUUAGCUACGUGUUGUUAAUGUCCAGAUGUGUUUUAGGGAGAGGAGACUCAGGUGGUGGAUCCCCGGGUAAUACACGUGAUGCUGGCUGAAGAUCACUUUGAUGAGGUAAGUUGGACGAAGUAUACAGUCCCAUUCCCCCCUCUUGCUUUUGUUUUAAAGGAUUUUGUUGUUGGUUGACUUGGGUAAUUGUUCUGCACACCCUUAUCUAAUCCCUUUACAUUGAUCUCUUCCUGUCCUCGGUCAGAAAGGGAAGAAUGCUCGGCGGAGGAAGGAGAGCGACGGAGUGAAGGGCGAGAGUGGCCGUAGACGGAGGACAGCCUCGGAGGGCGAGGAGGACGUGACCCUGAAGCGCUUUAAGGGGGCGGGAGAGGGAGCAGCGGACGGACAGAACGGGAGCGGCUCCACCAAGGCCUCUGAAGAAGGGAUGGUAACAUGGGGAGCGGAGUUAGCAGCUGCAGGAGGAGGAGGUAGUAGAGUGAACAGCACUACCAACAAUAACGUCAGUUCCUCCGAAGUCACACAGGGUUACGCCUCCCCGAACAGCACUUCCUCCCAGAUGGACCAAUCAAACGCUCCACCUCGCUACAUCAAGGAGAACGGACGUGUCCUCUCCACACAAGACAGACAGGGGUCUGCUGACUCCACCACCACAGCCACCCCCACUCCACCCCCCCUCAAACCAGCCCCCUCCCCCUUCUCCAACACCUCCUUCCCCUCUCUGGGCCAGAUGCCCAGCCUGGUCCCUGGAGCUCUAGCCCCAAAACCCACCCCAGCAGGACCCACCCCAGAGAGAGAGGAGCCAUCCCAGUCUACCUACCCUAAGAUGGCUGCCCUGGUCUCCCCUGGCCCGGUGACCAUCUCGUCCCCAUCUCAGGCCAGUGCCCCCAGCGUGGCUCUCUCUACCUCCCUUGGCUUCAGCCCCAAACCCCCCGCCUGGACAGGAACAACCAACCAGUUGGAGGUGAGUUAGUAACACUUUACAUUACCAUGGUCUUAUACCUUACAUAGUAAUUGCUAACCACCAUUGUUCUGUCACUAAUAUCCUAUAUUUCUUCCUCCCGCUCCUCAGGGCUCUAAGACUCUCAUCCUGGCUGCGGCUGGGUUCCGGCUGCCCCAGUCCAAGCCUGCUGGGGCUUCUGUGUUCGGAGAGGUGAGCUCCAAGACCAACACUUCCUCCAACACAGCGUCAGCCUCCCAGGAUUCCUCUAGACCCUUCGGAUUUGCCUUCGGAGGCACCAAGAACAACAAGGCCCAACCGCAGCAGCAAGAUCAGAACUUAUUCUUCCAGUGUAUGACAGGUCAGAAGACUGCCCAGAACCCUUGUGGUCCUACCCAGAACCAGACUCCAGGUCAGUGCCAGUCUAAGGACACUAACUACUUCACAGCAGUGUCAGAGAGCUUGAGUAAGAAGCCUCCUAGCCUGUUCAAGUCCUCUGUUCUGGCCCCGGCAUCAGCUGGCCUGUUUAGCUCAGCUACAGCUCCUCUCAAAGAGCAGUCCAAAGUGCCUGAGACCCAGCCGGCAGGCAACGGAGUGCUCAACAAGCCUUUUGCAGGGGACAAACUCUCGCCUUCCUUCAGCAGCGGCUCUGGGGGGAUGAGGUGCUCUGGUCUGGGCAUGGGGACGAUGGACACCCCCUUGGCUCCAGCCUCUGGAGCUCUGGGUGGUGCUAAUAACAGGAGUGGCACUAACGGUGUAGCGGUGGGUGGCUUCGGCACCAUGACAGACAGCCACCAGAACCUGUUCCUCCAGGGCUCCAAGGAGCCCUCCAACCCCUUCCUGGCCUAUGGGGAGAAGCUCUCCCACAGCCCCUUCAGUGGCAAACCAGCCCCUCUGGAGCCUGAGACCCUGGGCUCUUCUUCGGCCUCGGAGAGCAAAUCCAACCUGUUCACCAUGGCCGAGCCGCCCAAGGGCAUCCUGUCUUCCCCCUUCGCCACCCUCUCAGCUGCCGCUGCCUCCAGUUCUUCCUCCCCAGCCCCUGGCCCUGCCUUCACCCAGAGGCCCCAGUCAGUCACCUCCUCCAAGCCCAAGGAGGGUUCCUCCACAGGGGAUCAGGGCUCCUCAGCUGAGGGUGGUUCUCUGGAUGAUCGGCCCAGCUCCACCUCAGGCUUCCCCAUGUUUGGGAGUGCAGUCCCUGGAGGGAGUGGUGAGAAUGCACCCAUGCCUUUUGACCAGGGCCAGGCCCAAAAGUUUGCCCUGGAGGAGCGAGGUCAGGCAUCUAAACGGGACUCUGACUCCAGCGACAACAGCGACCUGUCGGACCUAAGUGAGACAGAGGAGGGUCUGGAGAGAGGCCAUGCCCCUGGGGGCCUCGCAGGGCCCGUCAAGGAGGGAGCCAUGCUGCUGCAGAAGGGUAAAGGGCCCGGGGUGGCCAAGAGCCGGCCACGCAACAAGCCCUUCAAAGGUAAGACCUGGAGCCUCCGGAUAUUAGCAGUAUGUAAAUGAGAUCCUCCAUCAUGCGUAACAUGUCAGUCAUCGAUAUCAUUCGAUUUUGGUCAUGAUCAUGAAACGUUAAAAGGUAGACUCAGCUAAAUGAGGCUGCCACGAGCAGCACCGCAGAUAUUGAGAUGAGCGAGAUGCAAGACUUCUCUCAAACAGUCACACACAGCAUCUGCGCAUGUGCACGGGUUCGCUUCACACCGUUCAGAGUGGUAGCCAGGGCACCAAAACAGCAGAGGAGUUGAGCCUCAUGCUUCAACGCUCUUAGAUGUUGUGGAAAUUGACCCACUAUGCUGUUUACUUUCUGCAUCUACGUCAUAUCGCUGAGUGGUAAAAUUGCUGACCAACUCUUCCCUGAGGUUUUGACUACCCCUUACUACACGCAUGAAUAGGUUGCAUGGUUCUAUAGCCCUUCAUGUUGUAGGUCAACUCUUUUGUGUUGUACAGUGGGCCAGUCAGUGCUGAAGGACAUGAUUAAGGUACGUCGUCUGAAGCAGUCAGGAGAGUCGUUCCUGCAGGACGGUUCCUGUAUCAACGUGGCGCCCCACCUCCACAAGUGUCGCGAGUGUCGCAUGGAGCGCUACAGGAAGUACCGGGAGCAGGAGCCUGACGACGAUGACCCCAACGUGGCCUGCCGCUUCUUCCACUUCCGCAGGUACGUCUGUCUGUGUGUGUUUAUACCAAAGACUGUGUGUGUGUAUGAGAAAUGGGUUGUGGUGUGUAUCUUCUUCUAAGUAAUGGUACAUCAGUCAUUUAAUCAACCUCCAUCUCAAACGUUUUCUACACUGUCAUCUAAAACAUACGACCUGCCCUCAUCUAACCUUUGACCCCUACCCAGGCUGGCAUUCACGCGUAAGGGCAUCCUGCGUGUGGAGGGCUUCCUGAGCCCCCAGCAGAGCGAUGCCAUGGCCAUGGGGCUGUGGCUGCCCUCCCCGGCCGUACAGGAGGGCCUGGACCUGGACACUUCCAAGUACAUCCUGGCCAACGUGGGAGACCAGUUCUGUCAGCUCGUCAUGUCUGAGAAGGAGGCCAUGAUGAUGGUUGAGCCUCACCGUGAGUAGUCUGACACUUGUUCAGUGUGUGUGUAGCCUUGUAUUUUUGAUGUGUGUUUGUCUCCCCGUCACAUAUUUUAUUGUUCAAAUCCAGAUCUCUGUGACAGUUGACCUUACUUGGCAGGCAUACUGCUGCAGUGGGUUCACUACAAACCAAACGGGGAGGGACCUACCUGAAAUUUGUCUGAACCUGAACUCUCGUUUUCCAUUGCAAAGUGUUUUGCUACAGUGUGCAUUAAUAAUAAACCCCUGCUGUUUUGCGUUGGUUUCAGUAAGGUGACUUAUGCUUACCCUGUGUCUGUCUGUGUUCUCUUCUACAGAGAAAGUGGCGUGGAAGCGUGCGGUGCGCGGCAUCAGGGAGAUGUGCGACGUAUGUGAGACCACCCUCUUCAACAUCCACUGGGUCUGCAGGAAGUGUGGCUUCGGGGUGUGUCUGGACUGCUACCGGCAACGCAGGAACCGCCCUAUGGAUGGUGAGAGUCAUAGAAUUCCAUCCAAAAUCUUUAGAACAUAUAGAAUGUGGAUUGUAGGAUCUCUAUGGUGACUCCACACACAGGGACAUACUGGGGUAUGUUAUUGUCCAGUUCAACUAAACUCAGCAAAAAAAGAAACAUCCCUUUUUCAGGACCCUGUCUUUCAAAGAUAAUUAGUAAAAAUCCAAAUAACCUCACAGAUCUUCAUUGUAAAGGGUUUAAACACUGUUUCCCAUGCUUGUUCAAUAAACCAUACAAAAUUAAUGAACAUGCACCUGUGGAACGGUCGUUAAGACACUAAUGGCUUACAGAUGGUAGGCAAUUAAGGUCACAGUUAUGAAAACUUAGGACACGAAAGAGGCCUUUCUACUGACUCUGAAAAACACCAAAAGAAAGAUGCCCAGGGUCCCUGCUCAUCUGCGUGAACGUGCCUUAGGCAUGCUGCAAGGAGGCAUGAGGACUGCAGAUGUGGCCAGGGCAAUAAAUUGCAAUGUCCGUACUGUGAGACCCCUAAGACAGCACUACAGGGAGACAGGACUGACAGCUGAUCGUCCUCGCAGUGGCAGACCACGUGUAACAACACCUGCACAGGAUCGGUACAUCCGAACAUCACACCUGCGGGACAGGUACAGGAUGGCAACAACAACUGCCUGAGUUACACCAGGAACGCACAAUCCCUCCAUCAGUGCUCAGACUGUCCUCAAUAUGCUGAGAGAGGCUGGACUGAGGGCUUGUAGGCCUGUUGUAAGGCAGGUCCUCACCAGACAUCACCGGCAACAACAUCGCCUAUGGGCACAAACCCACCGUCGCUGGACCAGACAGGACUGGCAAAAAGUGCUCUUCACUGACGAGUCGCGGUUUUGUCUCACCAGGGGUGAUGGUCGGAUUCACGUUUAUCGUCGAAGGAAUGAGUGUUACACCGAGGCCUGUACUCUGGAGCGGGAUCGAUUUGGAGCUGGAGGGUCCGUCAUGGUCUGGGGCGGUGUGUCACAGCAUCAUCAGACUGAGCUUGUUGUCAUUGCAGGCAAUCUCAACGCUGUGCGUUACAGGGAAGACAUCCUCCUCCCUCAUGUGGUACCCUUCCUGCAGGCUCAUCCUGACGUGAUCCUCCAGCAUGACAAUGCCACCAGCCAUACUGCUCGUUCUGUGCGUGAUUUCCUGCAAGACAGGAAUGUCAGUGUUCUGCCAUGGCCAGCGAAGAGCCCGGAUCUCAGUCCCAUUGAGCACGUCUGGAACCUGUUGGAUCGGAGGGUGAGGGCUAGGGCCAUUCCCCCCAGAAAUGUCCAGGAACUUGCAGGUGCAUUGGUGGAAGAGUGGGGUAACAUCUCACAGCAAGAACUGGCAAAUCUGGUGCAGUCCAUGAGGAGGAGAUGCACUGCAGUAUUUAAUGCAGCUGGUGGCCACUAGAUACUGACCCCCCCCCCCCCCCCCCCCCCUUUGUUCGGGGACACAUUAUUCAAUUUCUGUUAGUCACAUGUCUGUGGAACUUGUUCAGUUUAUGUCUGUUGUUGAAUCUUGUUAUGUUCAUACAAAUAUUUCCACAUGUUAAGUUUACUGAAAAUAAACGCAGUUGACAGUGCGGACGUUUCUUUUUUUUGCUGAGUUUACAUACAGUGUUUGGCCUGGACUGCUCUUUCUUUCAGUGAUGUUUGUUUUGAAGAAGUGAAGAUUGAGCUGAAAGGGGAGUGUGUAUAAAUGACUCUUCUAUCACUUGUUUUGUCUCUCAGAGGUGGACGAGGGGCCUGAUGACGAGGUGUUCUCCUGGUUGAAGUGUGUAAAGGGCCAGAGACACGAGCCUCAGAACCUCAUGCCCACACAGAUCAUACCUGGAACAGGUAACAUGAUCAUAACUAUAGGAGCUUAGAACUAGGGCCUUCAUGUUUGUUGAAUAAGAGUACUGAUCUAAGAUCAGUUUUCCCUUUAAGAUCAUUAUGAAUCAGAUUAUUAUGGACAGGGAGGACCUGAUCCUAGAUCAUCAUUCCUUCUCUGAGAUGCUAUGUGGAAACGGGCCCAGGUCACAUUGUCUGGAAAAAUUCCCAGCCCUAACUUGACAUCCAACAUGUAUGUGUUGUAUCUCUCUCCAUAAGUCAUCCCAUGUUGACUUAUCUCUCCCACAGCUCUCUAUAACAUAGGGGAUAUGGUGCACUCAGCCAGGGGCAAAUGGGGCAUCAAGGCAAACUGCCCCUGCACCAGCCGGCACCACAGGCCCCUAGUGCGCCCUAGUGCCCCCAAUGGCAUCUCACAGGUACUGCAUCCUCGUGUCUUCGAACGUCGUACCAAAACAUAAUGUAUAACAUUUACACAUAUUUCUCACGUGUUUUAAAUGUUGGUUGUCAGGAGCUUUAUUAGAAUACAAUAUAAUGCUAAUAUUUCCUUUUGGCUGUCCCAGCAGUCUGCAGUCUCUUCCAGCACGGGGAGCAGUGGUAGUGGACCAAUCACAGGUGGCGGGGGGCCAGCAGGUUCAACCACUCCUAAGCCAGAGGGGGCGGAGAUGACAGUGGUCAAAACAGAGCCUACUUCCACCACAAUGUCAUCAGAGGGGGGAGGAGUUGGGGUUGAUACUAACAGGGCCAACAGUACCAGCGCCCCCCAUAACCCUGCCCAGACCCCCACCCCCAAGGACCCCCGCCCCUCCACCGGUGAGGGCAACUCCACCGCUCUGCACUGGCUGGCAGACCUUGCCACUCAGAAAGCCAAGGUGGAGGACACUAAAGGUGAGAGUGCCAGGAGGACAGCAUGUCUUUCACUACAUCAAAUCAAAUUGUAUUUGUCACAUGCGCUGAAUACAACAGGUGUAGACCUUACAGUGAAAUGCUUACCGUAUUUUCUGCACUAUAAGGCGCACCGGAGUAUAAGCCGCAGCAGCUAAAUUGAAUGAUAUUGAAUGAUGUGUACAUAUAUAAGCCGCACUGGACUAUAAGCCGCAUGUGUUUUAAUGUUUAAUUACCAUAUGUAAGGGUUCGUGCACAGAGGGGAUUGUCGGGAAAGAGACAAACUGUCUCGCUCUCGUAAUGUCUGUCUGUCUUGCUCUCGUUCUGUCUCUCGUUCUGUCUCUCGUACCACUCUCGGUUCCACUUUUACUUUUGCGCGCUACCUGUCUCACUCUUUUCCGGCCUCCAGCUUUUCCUGCUGGAGCCCGCCGCUUAAAGGUGGGGGGCGCGGACCGGUCAUAGAGCCCAUAGAGUUAAAGUUGGUGGACUGUAACCUGUAAAAUCCAUAGAUUUAGGAGGUCUUCUAGUGGCCGUUAGCUGUAAAAAUCCAUAGAUUAGCCGCACCGUUAUAUAAGCCGCAGGGUCGAAAAAUUGGAAAAAAGGCGCGGCUUAUAGUCCGAAAAUUACGGUACUUAGAAGCCCUUAACCAACAAUGCAGUUUUUAAGAAAAAUAAGUUAAGUAAACAAUAGAUAAGUAAAAAAUAAAAGCAGUAAAAUAACAGUAAAAGAGAUACAUCUUAUCUCUGUUCUACGUCAUAUUCUGGUUGGUACUCUAAAUGUAUUGUACAUGUGUUAAUAUGAGAGGAUCUGUGAGGUAUCUAACCAUCCUCUAACCUUGUCUCCUCUCCUGUCCACCCCUCCAGACUCUGGGUCGCUUCGCUCGGUGAAGGGCCGGGACACGCGUUCCCCCUUCGGCCUGGACUCGUUCAGCGCCCUGUCCAAGCCUUCGUCCUCCUCUUCUUCCUCCAGUCCUAAGUUGUUCAACAGCCUGCUGCUGGGCUCUAGCAACACCCAGGCCAAAACAGAGGGCUCCAGCCUCCGAGACCUGCUCAACUCAGGCUCCGGGAGGCUCCCCCAGGGCCCCGGAGACUCUGGAGUACCCUUCCCCUCUGUCUUCUCCACCUCAGCAGCUGUGAGUGUCUGUCAGCUUGCCACAGUAGCUAGGAUAAUUCAGAUUUCAGAAUGCUCAUAUUAGAGGAUCAUUCCAGAAUUCAUAGAAUCUACACACAGUUCUAGUUUGUGUCCCAAGUGCCACCCUAUGCCCUAUAUAGUGCACUACUUUUGGCCAGAUCCCUAUGGGAGCCCUAGGGCCCUGGACUGCAUGUUUAACCCCUCCUCCUCUACCUCCAUCAGGGGGACAAGAUGAAGGGCAGCCUGCCUAACUUCCUGGACCAUAUCAUUGCCUCUGUGGUGGAGACCAAGAAGGCGGAGGGCCGUCGUUCGGGGGAGGGGGGCAGUGAGCUGGGCGGGGUGGGCCGCAGGGACGGGGUGAUGGGCCUCAGUGUGCUGGACCCCCACACCUCCCACUCCUGGCUCUGUGACGGACGCCUUCUCUGCCUGCAGGACCCCUCCAACACCAACAACUGGAAGAUCUUCAGAGAGUGCUGGAAACAGGGCCAGGUGAGAGACCUUUCUGGGGGGUAGAAAAUAGAUGUGAGUAAUAUGGUGGUGUGAGUAAUAUUUAGUAAUAUGGUAGUGUAGUAAUGUGGUGGUGUGAAUAAUAUGUAGUAAUAUGGUAGUGUAGUAAUGUGGUGGUGUGAGUAAUAUGAUGGUGUGUGUAAUAUGAUGGUGUGAGUAAUAUGGUGGUGUGAGUAAUGUGAUGGUGUGAGUAAUAUGUAGUAAUAUGGUAGUGUAGUAAUGUGGUGGUGUGAGUAAUGUGGUGGUGUGAGUAAUGUGUAGUAAUGUGGUGGUGUGAGUAAUAUGUAGUAAUGUGGUGGUGUGAGUAAUGUGGUGGUGUGAGUUUGGGCUGCGGCGGUCACGAAAUCUCGUCAGCCGGUGAUUGUCAAGCAAAUAACUGUCGGUCUCACUGUAAUUGACGUGAAUUAACAAACACAUUUAGCAUCUCCUAGCUUCCCCACACAGCCUAUAAGCCACUGAUGCAGACCUUUGGAACAUCUACAUUUUAAAAAGUCCAAUAAAUCCAUGUAAUAUAGCCUACACCUUAACAAUAAAUCCAUUAUUUAUUUUAGACAGGUCUAAAGAAGCAUGAUAUGAAGAAAAUGUUGUCUAUUUCAGAAGAACCGAAUAGCGUACUCUGAGUUGUCCUGAUUUGACUAUGCCAAAUGGCUGUGGGCUACACUAGUUCAUUUAGCAGACAGGAUUUGCUUAGAAUUCCGUGGCAUUCUUUUAUAUUUUAUAGUAUGAAGAAUACAUUUGAACAAAGCUGAAUAAAAUAAAGGAUAUUUUCUCCAAACGAUUUGAGGGAGUGCGCACAUGCGGCUAUUCUGUGUUGAGCGGUUAACAAAGAAAUAGCUACUCCUCUAUGCUUAAUUUAGAGUUAUUCAUGUAACUUUCAUUGUUCUACAAAUUUUGGGCAAUAUGUUUAGAUUUUUAAAUCAUUGUAAGGCUGCAUGAUGCAACUAAUGAUGAUUUUGAAAAAAGGUGCUUGAAAGGCAUGAGCUCUGCUUUGUUUUUUGCGCAGGCUGUACACACUUUAUCAAUCUCUCAUUCACAAUUUGACAAGCACUUGAUAAUGCCUUGAAUUUCACGGCGGCAUCCCCUUGUGGCCAUAAGGCACCCUAAAAGAAUACAUGCCUUUUGUGGCCGUUGUGCCCUUGGUCCGGAGUGCUGCGUUGUGCUCUUCUCCCUGAGUGCUGAGCACUCCGAAGCACCUCUCACUCACAUGGCUCUCCAUCACGUGAUUGGGUCUUUCUCACAGGCUACAAGUGAAGACGGACACAUCGGGGACGCAACUGCGCGCGUCCUUAUCCAAUUCAGAGGUGCAUAUUGAAGAUAUUGGAAGAACUGUCCACAUUUUACUUUUCGUCAGCCAACAAGAUGAGUAGGCCUAACGAACAGCAAAAGCACUAGCCUAUGUCUACUAUGCCCCAUAGUACAAAAGUUGACCUAUUCUGUGCGAGAAAUAAAUAUUCCGAACAUCGUCCCGGACAGAUGUGGGAUGCGAUAGAUCUCAAAUGAAUAAAACCACUAGUAUCCAAAAAUAUAUGAUAUUUCCAUUUGUCUAAAAAACUGUUUUUGCUUUGUCAUUAUAGGGUAUUGUGUGUAGAUUGAAAAAACAGAAUUUAAUCAAUUUUAGAAUAAGGCUGUAACGUAACAAAAUGUGGAAAAAGUCAAGGGGUCUGAAUAUUUUCCGAAUGCACUGUAAACGCAACAUGCAACAAUUUUCAAAGAUUUUACUGAGUUACAGUUCAUAUAAGGAAAUCAGUCCAAAAAAAAUGUAAGUUAGGGGCGUGGAUCAGAAAACCAGUCAGUAUCUGGUUUCACCACCAUUUGCCUCAUGCAGUGUGACACAUCUCCUUUCGCGUAGAGUUGAUCAGGCUGUUGUUUGUGGCCUGUGGAAUGUUCUCCCACUCAUCUUCAAUGGCUGUGCGAAAUUGCUGGAUAUUGGUGGGAACUGGAACACGCUGUCGUACAUGCUCAAUUGAUGACAUGUCUGGUGAGUAUGCAUGCUUAUACCUGCCCAUACCAUAACCCCACCGCCACCAUGGGGCACUCUGUUCACAACGUUGAAAUCAGCAAACCUCUCGCCCACACAACGCCAUACAUGCCGCCAUACAUGCCAUCUGCCUGGUACAAUUAAAACCGGGAUUCAUCCAUGAAGAGCACACUUCUCCAGCGUGCUAGUGGCCAUCGAAGUUGAGCAUUUGCCCACUGAAGUCGGUUAUGGCGCUGACCUGCAGUCAGGUCAAGAACCUGGUGAGGACAGCCGAGCAUGCAGAUGAGCUUCCCUGAGACGGUUCCAAAUUCUCUAGAGAAAUGAACAUUUGAUUCUCUGUAAUCCGCUCUGGUGGACAUUCCUGCAAUCAGCAUGCCAAUUACACGCUCCCUCUACUUCAGACAUCUGUGGCAUUGUGUUGUGUGACAAAACUGCACAUUUUAGAGUGGCCGUUUAUUGUCCCCAGCACAAGGUGCACCUCUGUAAUGAUCAUGCUGUUUAAUCAGCUUCUUGAUAUGCCACACCUGUCAGGUGGAUGGAUUAUCUUGGUAAAAGGAGAAAUGCUCACUAACAGGAAUGUAAACAGAUUUGUGCACAAUUUGAGAGAAUUUCGGAAAUAUUUUAUUUCAGAGAGAGAAAGAGACGCACUUUGGCAAUAUGUACAUUGUUACGUCAUGCCAAUGUAAUAGAUUAGUUGGGGGUGAGGUUUGGAAGAGGGGGAUGUGCAGUGUGAAAGAUGAGGGGUGAGAGAAGUUGAUUAUGUUUGAACCCUUUCCCUCCGUCUCUCCAGCCGGUGCUGGUGUCUGGUAUCCAUAAGCGUCUGAAGGGGACUCUGUGGCGGCCUGAGGCCUUCAGCGAGGAGUUUGGGGACCAGGAUGUUGACCUGGUCAACUGUCGGAACUGUGCCAUCAUCUCUGACGUCAAGGUUCGAGACUUCUGGGACGGCUUCCAGGUCAUCUCCAGUAAGUAAUGGGAUUAUUCAUUCGUUCAUCUAUUUACAGUGAGGGGAAAAAAGUAUUUGAUCCCCUGCUGAUUUUGUACGUUUGCUCACUGACAAAGAAAUGAUCAGUCUAUAAUUUUUAUGGUAGGUUUAUUUGAACAGUGAGAGACAGAAUAACAACAAAACAAUCCAGAAAAACGCAUGUCAAAAAUGUUAUAAAUUGAUUUUCACUUUAAUGAGGGAAAUAAGUAUUUGACCCCCUCUCAAUCAGAAAGAUUUCUGGCUCCCAGGUGUCUUUUUUAUACAGGUAACGAGCUGAGAUUAGGAGCACACUCUUAAAGGGAGUGCUCCUAAUAUCAGCUUGUUACCUGUAUAAAAGACACCUGUCCACAGAAGCAAUCAAUCAAUCAGAUUCCAAACUCUCCACCAUGGCCAAGACCAAAGAGCUCUCCAAGGAUGUCAGGGACAAGAUUGUAGACCUACACAAGGCUGGAAUGGGCUACAAGACCAUCGCCAAGCAGCUUGGUGAGAAGGUGACAACAGUUGGUGCGAUUAUUCGCAAAUGGAAGAAACACAAAAGAACUGUCAAUCUCCCUCGGCCUGGGGCUCCAUGCAAGAUCUCACCUCGUGGAGUUGCAAUGAUCAUGAGAACGGUGAGGAAUCAGCCCAGAACUACACGGGAGGAUCUUGUCAAUGAUCUCAAGGCAGCUGGGACCAUAGUCACCAAGAAAACAAUUGGUAACACACUACGCCAUGAAGGACUGAAAUCCUGCAGCGCCCGCAAGGUCCCCCUGCUCAAGAAAGCACAUAUACAGGGCCGUCUGAAAUUAGCCAAUGAACAUCUGAAUGAUUCAGAGGAGAACUGGAUGAAAGUGUUGUGGUCAGAUGAGACCAAAAUCGAGCUCUUUGGCAUCAACUCAACUCGCCGUGUUUGGAGGAGGAGGAAUGCUGCCUAUGACCCCAAAAACACCAUCCCCACCGUCAAACAUGGAGGUGGAAACAUUAUGCUUUGGGGGUGUUUUUCUGCUAAGGGGACAGGACAACUUCACCGUAUCAAAGGGACGAUGGACGGGGCCAUGUACUGUCAAAUCUUGGGUGAGAACCUCCUUCGCUCAGCCAGGGCAUUGAAAAUGGGUCGUGGAUGGGUAUUCCAGCAUGACAAUGACCCAAAACACACGGCCAAGGCAACAAAGGAGUGGCUCAAGAAGAAGCACAUUAAGGUCCUGGAGUGGCCUAGCCAGUCUCCAGACCUUAAUCCCAUAGAAAAUCUGUGGAGGGAGCUGAAGGUACGAGUUGCCAAACGUCAGCCUUGAAACCUUAAUGACUUGGAGAAGAGCUGCAAAGAGGAGUGGGGAAAAAAUCCCUCCUGAGAUGUGUGCAAACCUGGUGGCCAACUACAAGAAACGUCUGACCUCUGUGAUUGCCAACAAGGGUUUUGCCACCAAGUACUAAGUCAUGUUUUGCAGAGGGGUCAAAUACUUAUUUCCCUCGUUAAAAUGCAAAUCAAUUUAUAAAAAAUGUUGGACAUGCGUUUUUCUGGAUAUUUUUGUUGUUAUUCUGUCUCUCACUGUUCAAAUAAACCUACCAUUAAAAUUAUAGACUGAUCAUGUCUUUGUCAGUGGGCAAACGUACAAAAUCAGCAGGGGAUCAAAUACUUUUUUCCCUCACUGUAUUCACUGAUUCACUCACUCACUCAUUUAUCUCUCUUUCCAGAGCGUCUGAAGGGUAGUGAUGGUCAGCCCAUGGUUUUGAAGCUGAAGGACUGGCCUCCUGGAGAAGACUUCAGAGACAUGAUGCCCACACGGUUUGAUGAUCUGAUGGACAACCUCCCCCUCCCAGAGUACACUAAGAGAGACGGCCGUCUGAACCUGGCCUCCCGCCUGCCCAACUUCUUUGUCAGGCCAGACCUGGGGCCUAAGAUGUACAAUGCUUAUGGUGAGAGAAACCUUACAGACUAACACUGGGAUCCCAUAGCUGGUCAAUAGAUAGCUAGUUAGCAAUGGCACCAAUGUCAGCAUCUCUGAUCUUAGUCUCUUCUUCUUUCCAUCUAUCACUACCCCCACAUCUCCCAUCUCUUUCCGUCUCUUGCCACUAUCAUCCGGCUUUGUCUUCUCUCCCUCCCUCUCAGGUCUGAUGGAGACAGAAGACCGGAGUGUUGGCACCACCAACCUGCAUCUGGACGUGUCUGAUGCCGUCAACGUUAUGGUGUACGUGGGCAUCCCUGAGGGAGAGGGAGACCACGUCAAGGGUGAGUAGGACCAACACCCUAUCACACAGUGAGGCAGAACAUAUAUUCACACAGCACAGCUUACCCAUUACAGCAUUGACGUACAUACACUAAACAAUGUAAUUGUUAGCAUGGCUAGCAAUUUAGCACAAGUGAUCACACCGCUACUCACACAGACAUCAGCACCUCCAUCCAGCAACACUCAUUAAUGAUUGAUACUUUUUUUUUUUGGUACAUAAAUGGUGGUCCUUGGAUCUUUGUCCUUGGACAGUCAUGUUUUUAUUCCAUCCAAUGCUGCACUAUCUUUGGGUUUGUUGAAUUGAUUUUCAGGAGUAUCAUUAUGACAGAUUUUAACACCUUACAUCUAAAGGAAGUGUAAAAAAACAAAAAGUGAAACUGAAAAUAUUUUGAAUAAAAUUAAAACCAGUCAUGUAUAAUUGGAUUUGAGGUGCUCCCGAGUAUUUUAAAGGAAUAUCGAUAGGUUGACCAAGAUCAAAUACUGUAUUGUCCCAUUGAACUAAGAAAAGGAAGCCAUUCCUCAGCAUUGAGACAGAACAAUGGUGUAAAUGUUCCAUUUUAGCCUGUCAGCCACUCCUGUGGCCUCUCCCAGGUUUCCCACGCUGGGCCUGUAUCCACCAAGUGUCUAAGGUGUGCUAAUCUAUAUCAUCUCAUUCAUUAUGAUCUAAAAGGCUAAACUGAUCCUAAAUCAGCACUCGUACUCUGAGAUGCUUUGUGGAUACGGGCCCUGGACUAUAUCACUAGAGGCCUCUGACUAGCCCAACCCCCCCCCCAUGAAUCAAUGGACAUGAGCCUGGUGGAAAGACCCUGUCAUGGGUCUCACAUGUUGAUUGUGGUAACAUUUCUUGUUCACAGAGAUGGAUAUCGCUGGAUGUAAAGGUCUGUGCAUUUUUAUAACAUUAUCACCUCCUUAGCAUGCCCUUCUUGACUAACAUCCUCCUUUUCUCGCCUCCGCCACUCCCCCCAUGUCCUUUCCCCCAUGGGGUCGGGGCCAGAACACUAAGGUGGUGCCAUCCAUUUAACAGCCUUUGUGGUUUAUCUGUGGUCUGAGUGGGAUCUGCCUGUGGUCUUCUACACUGUGUAGACAUGACCUUCAUUAACCCACGGAUAGCCAGAGUCAGUCAAACCCUGUUUAAAACCUUUUAAAACACAACUUAUUAUUGUUAAUGUUUUACGCUGGUAGACGCUAGUAGUUUUUUACGCUGGUAGACGUCGGUAGUUUUUUUUUUUUUCAUGUAUUGCAUCUUCUGUUGUCUGGGAUAACUGGUGUUCUGGCCUUGACUGUUGGAGAUUGGCAUCUAGAGCUGCCUAGCCUGGAGGAAAGUCGGACCAAACAAGCUCACGCUCAUGUAGUCUCUCCCUCGCCCACACGCACAUCUCUCGCUCGCCCACACGCACAUCUCUCCCUCGCCCACACACACAUCUCUCCCUCGCCCACACGCACCUCUCUCCCUCGCCCACACGCACAUCUCUCGCUCGCCCACACGCACAUCUCUCGCUCGCCCACACGCACAUCUCUCCCUCGCCCACACGCACCUCUCUCCCUCGCCCACACACAUCUCUCCCUCGCCACACACACAUCUCUCGCUCGCCCACACGCACAUCUCUCGCUCGCCCACACGCACAUCUCUCCCUCGCCCACACGCACCUCUCUCCCUCGCCCACACACGCAUCUCUCCCUCGCCCACACGCACCUCUCUCCCUCGCCCACACACACAUCUCUCCCUCGCCCACACGCACCUCGCCCACACGCACAUCUCUCGCUCGCCCACACGCACAUCUCGCGCUCGCCCACACGCACAUCUCGCCCACACGCACAUCUCUCGCUCGCCCACACGCACAUCUCUCGCUCGCCCACACGCACAUCUCUCGCUCGCCCACACGCACAUCUCUCGCUCACCCACACGCACAUCUCUCCCUCGCCCACACGCACAUCUAGUCUCUCCCUCGCCCACACGCACAUCUCUCCCUCGCCCACACGCACCUCUCUCUCUCGCCCACACGCACCUCUCUCUCUCGCCCACACGCACCUCUCUCGCUCGCCCACACGCACCUCUCUCUCUCGCCCACACGCACCUCUCUCGCUCUCCCACACGCACAUCUCUCGCUCGCCCACACGCACAUCUCGCCCACACGCACAUCUAGUCUCUCCCUCGCCCACACACACACAUCUAGUCUCUCCCUCGCCCACACAUCUAGUCUCUCCCUCGCCCACACAUCUAGUCUCUCCCUCGCCCACACAUCUAGUCUCUCCCUCGCCCACACAUCUAGUCUCUCCCUCGCCCACACAUCUAGUCUCUCUCUCGCCCACACACACACACUAGUAGUUCCCUUAGAGAUAAUGUUCAAUCAGUGACUGGCUGGUGUUUGCUCAUCCCUGUCUGUUUGGUCCUGCAGAGGUGAUGACCACCAUCGAGGAGGGUGACGUGGAUGAGAUUACCAAGAGGAGGGUGUAUGAGGCCAAGGAGAAACCCGGGGCGCUCUGGCACAUCUACUCUGCCAAGGACGCCGAGAAGAUCCGCGAGCUGCUCCGCAAGGUCAGGGAUCACCGUCACCACAUUCAUUGUAAUGCAUAUCUGGACAUUCAUUUUUGGUCUAUGCAUUAUCUCUGGGAAAUGGUCAGGGAAGAAACUAAAAUGGUUGCUUGGCUUUUUAUUGUAGUUCUACUGUUCCCAUGAGAAGUCCCAAAUUGACCCCUAUUCCCUAUAGUGCGCUACUUUUGGGCCCCUAUUCCCAUAGGACUGGUCAAAUGUAGUGCACUAUAUAGGGCAGGGCUCUCCAACCUUGUUCAUGGAGAGCUACCCUUCUGUAGUUUUCACUCCAACCCUGUUCCUGGAGAGCUACCCUUCUGUAAGUUUUUGCUCCAACUGGGGUUGGAGUGAAAAUCUACAGGAGGGUAGCUUUCCAUGAACAGGGUUGGAGUGAAAACCUACAGGAGGGUAGCUCUCCAGGAACAGGGUUGGAGUAUACACCUACAGGAGGGUAGCUCUCCAGGAACAGGGGUGGAGUAUACACCUACAGGAGGGUAGCUCUCCAGGAACAGGGCUGGAGUAUAAACCUACAGGAGGGUUGGAGAGCCCUGAUAUAGGGAAUAGGGUGCCAUUUAGGACAUAGACAUUGUCUCUCUGAUAUACCAUUAGCAUGUUACUAUGCUUUACCAUUAGCGUGUCAUUAUGCUUUACCAUUAGCGCGUCACGGUGCUUUACCAUUAGCGUGUCAUUAUGCUUUACCAUUAGCGCGUCACAGUGCUUUACCAUUAGCGCGUCACGGUGCUUUACCAUUAGCGCGUCACGGUGCUUUACCAUUAGCGCGUCACAGUGCUUUACCAUUAGCGCGUCACAGUGCUUUACCAUUAGCGCGUCACGGUGCUUUACCAUUAGCGCGUCACGGUGCUUUACCAUUAGCGCGUCAUGGUGCUUUACCAUUAGCGCGUCACGGUGCUUUACCAUUAGCGCGUCACGGUGCUUUACCAUUAGCGCGUCACGGUGCUUUACCAUUAGCUCGUCACGGUGCUUUACCAUUAGCUCGUCACGGUGCUUUACCAUUAGCUCGUCACGGUGCUUUACCAUUAGCGCGUCACGGUGCUUUACCAUUAGCUCGUCACGGUGCUUUACCAUUAGCGCGUCACGGUGCUUUACCAUCAGCAUGUCUUUCCCCUCUGACUGUGUCAGGUGGGCGAGGAGCAGGGCCAGGAGAACCCGCCGGACCAUGACCCUAUCCACGACCAGAGCUGGUACCUGGACGGGGUGCUGCGCAGGAGACUGUAUGAGGAGUAUGGUGUGCAGGGCUGGGCCAUCGUACAGUUCCUGGGAGACGCCGUCUUCAUCCCCGCCGGGGCUCCCCACCAGGUGGGUACUAGGGGAAACACUGGAUGUAACAGUGGAGGUUUAGAUUGAGACGUUUUGGGUUGUUUAAUGGUUACAUAGGGCCAGAGGGUACACGUGGGGUGUUUAAUGGUUACAUAGGGCCAGAGGGUACACGUGGGGUGUUUAAUGGUUACAUAGGGCCAGAGGGUACACGUGGGGUGUUUAAUGGUUACAUAGGGCCAGAGGGUACACGUGGGGUGUUUAAUGGUUACAUAGGGCCAGAGGGUACACGUGGGGUGUUUAAUGGUUACAUAGGGCCAGAGGGUACACGUGGGGUGUUUAAUGGUUACAUAGGGCCAGAGGGUACACGUGGGGUGUUUAAUGGUUACAUAGGGCCAGAGGGUACACGUGGGGUGUUUAAUGGUUACAUAGGGCCAGAGGGUACACGUGGGGUGUUUAAUGGUUACAUAGGGCCAGAGGGUACACGUGGGGUGUUUAAUGGUUACAUAGGGCCAGAGGGUACACGUGGGGUGUUUAAUGGUUACAUAGGGCCAGAGGGUACACGUGGGGUGUUCCUUUGGCUGUAUAAUAUUUAUACUCUUGCUUCUCUCACACACACAUUCACUCGUUCUCUCUGUCUUGCCACCUCUCACACUCUUUCAAAAACGAAUCUUUCACACACUUCCCUCUGUCUUUCUCAUCUCUCCUGGCUGUCCCCCCAGGUCCAUAACCUGUACAGCUGUAUCAAGGUGGCGGAGGACUUUGUGUCUCCUGAACACGUGAGGCACUGUUUCAGACUGACCCAGGAGUUCAGACACCUGUCCACCACACACUCCAACCAUGAGGACAAGCUGCAGGUACACUUCGACUGCCUCCUGAAUGACACCCUAUGUAUUGCACUACUUUUGAGCAGGGUUCUGGUCAAAAGUAAUGCACUAUAACUACGCCUCCACUAAAUAUACAGUGCCUUCGGAAAGUAUUCAGACCCCUUGACUUUUUCCACAUUUUGUUACGUUACAGCCUUAUUCUAAAAUGGAUUAAAUAAAUAAAAAUCCUCAGCAAAUUACACACAAUACCACAUAAUGACACAGCGAAAACAGGAAUACCUUAUUUACAUAAGUAUUCAGACUUGAAAUUGAGCUCAGGUGCAUCCUGUUUCCUAAGAUCAUCCUUGAGUUGUUUCUACAACUUCAUUGGAGUCCACCUGUGGUAAAUUAAAUUGACUGGACAUGAUUUGGAAAGGCACACACCUGUCUAUAUAACGUCCCACAGUUGACACUGCAUGUCAGAGCAAAAACCAAGCCAUGAAGACCAAGAACCCGAUGGUUACUCUGACAGAGCUCUAGAGUUCAUCUGUAGAAGGACAACCAUCUCUGCAGCACUCCACCAAUCAGGCCUUUAUGGUAGAGUGACCAUACGGAUGCCACUCCUCAGUAAAAGGCACAUGACAGCCCGCUUGAAGUUUGCCAAAAGGCACCUAAAGACUCUCAGACCAUGAGAAACAGAUUCUCUGGUCUGAUGAAACCAAGAUGGAAUUCUUUGGCCUGAAUGUCAAGUGUCACGUCUGGAGGAGACCUGGCACCAUCCCUACGGUGAAGCAUGGUGGUGGCAGCAUCAUGCUGUGGGGAUGUUCUUCAGUGGCAGGGACUGGGAAACUAGUAGGAUCGAGGCAAAGAUGAACGGAGCAAAGUACAGAGAGAGAUCCUUGAUGAAAACCUGCUCUAGAGCGCUCAGGAUCUCAGAAUGGGGCGAAGGUUCACCUUCCAACAGGACAACGACCCUAAGCACACGGUCAAGACAACGCAGGAGUGGCUUCGGGACAAGUCUCUGAAUGUCCUUGAGUGUCCCAGCCAGAGCCCGGACUUCAACCCGAUCAAACAUCUCUGGAGAGACCUGAAAAUAGCUGUGCAGCAACGCUCCCCAUCCAACCUGACAGAGCUUGAGAGGAUCUGUAGAGAAGAAUGGGAGAAACUAUCCAAAAACAGGUGUGCCAAGCUUGUAGCGUCAUACCCAAAAAGACUUGAUGCUGUAAUCGCUGCCGACGGUGCUUCAACAAAGUACUGAGUAAAGGGUCUGAAUACUUAUGUAAAUGUGAUAUCUUUUAAAAAUAUAUAUAAAUUAGCAAAAAUGUAAAAUCCAGUUUUUGCUUUGUCAUUAUGGGGUAUUGUGUAGAUUAAUACAAAAAUAAAUGUGGAAAAAGUCAAGGGGUCUGAAUACUUUCCGAAUUCACUGUAGGUCAAUGUUGUGAGAAGGAAUAAAGGUUUGAAUUUAUUAUCAAUCAGCUAAACAAUCAGUAUUGUUGUAAUGAAUUGUAAUUUUUAUGGGAUCUCUGUUCUCUAGGUGAAGAACAUCAUCUACCAUGCUGUAAAGGACGCUGUGGGGACACUGAGGGCCCACGAACCCAAGCUAGCACGCUCUUAG